UGAUUUUGCAUUUCCGGGGAGAGACCUGUAUGUAAAAAAUACGGUUCUCUCCCCUGUCAGCUCCUGCACACUGCUUUGUAUGACUCUGCAUAGCACAGCCAUACAAAGCAGCCACACACACAGCCCACAGUAAAACAGCACACAGUUAACCUUUUGAUUGCCCCACAUGUUGACCCCUUCUUGCCCAGUGCCAUUAGUACAGUGUCAGUGCUAUUUAUUAGCACUGAUCACUAUACUGGUGUCACUGGGGAUGUCAGUGACACCAAGUCAGUUCCCCCCCAGUGUCAGAAUGCCCGCCGCAGUCCCGGUAUAAGUUGCUGAACGCCGCCAUUACUAGUAAAAAAAAA